AUCCUUCAAGACGAGGACCUUGCACAACAUAUACAUCUCCACCUCCAAGGCAUUGCAAAGGAUGGCUAUGUGAAAGCACAAGACAUUGUGGAUAUUAUGGCAACUGCAGAGAUGAAACAGUACCUAGGCUCGAAGAUUGGCAUCACCAUUCAGACAGGUCAGUGUUGGCUGCAUAAGAUGGAUUGGAGAUACAGGAAGGCAACAAAAGGAAUGUACAUUGAUGGCCAUGAGCGGGCUGAUGUUGUCGAAUAUCGGAAAGGAUUUUUGAGCCGCAUGAACAAGUAUUCAAAAUGGAUGACAACUUACGAUCACAAUGGAAAUGUCCUAUCCCUGCCCACUGGAAUUGAUCUUGCUGCCGGAAUCUACCCACUUGUCAAAGUGACCCAGGAUGAAUCUACAUUCACGAUGCAUGAUAGACGACAGAUGAAAUGGGACCACAAAGACACAAAGCAACCAGAGACAAAGGGUGAAGGGCCCUCAUUGAUGGUUUCAGGCAUGUUGACCGAAGAAUGGGGAGAGUUGAGGCAUGGCAACAGUGAAUCCCAAGUGCUGUUUAAGCCAGGUAAAAAUCGAGAUGGAUAUUUCACCAACGAUGACCUUGUGAAACAAGUUGAUAAUGCAAUUGAUAUCUUCGAGGAGAACACUCACAGUUUCAAACGAGCCCUGUUCUUGUUUGACAAUGCAAUGUCACAUCAGAAAUGGGCACCUGAUGCCCCAAGUGCAAGAAAGAUGGUGAAAAACCCAAAGCUUGGGUGGACGUGUCACCCAAAUGGACCAAAAAUGCGGAAUACAACCUUACAAGAUGGAACACAACAAAACCUUUACUUUCCAGACGAUCACCUCACAAUGCCUGGGUGGUUCAAAGGCAUGCAAGCCAUUCUGGAUGAG